AUGGGCCGCUCCACAGUUACUCACAGUGAUAGCGAGGAAGAGGUUUUCCACGAUGCACGAUUCCCCGCCAAGGAAGAAGCCCAACUUCUCAAGGAAUCUAAUUCCAUCAAGGCUGAAGCAAAUCAGUUAUUUACAGCUGCCUGCUACGACCAGGCUAUUUCCUGCUAUGACCGUGCCCUAGCCUCAUGCCCGAGCUACCUUGAUUACGAAAUUGCCGUUCUGCGGAGUAAUAUGUCGGCAUGCUACCUAAAACUAGAAGAUUGGAAGGCAUCGGUGGACUCUGCGACCGCAUGUAUUGACUGCCUCGAUAGAGUAAUUCCACCAUCGGCAGAAAGUGAUACGGCCAGUACGAAAGACAAGCAACAGGACUCUGAAUCAACCAAUGCCGUGGUAGAGAUCUCCGGUGAUGACGACGAAGAGCAGAAGGAACUCCUACGCUUGCAGAUUAUGGAUCAGAGAAAGCAGGAUGUUAUGCGGAUACGAGCAAAGGCGCUAAUGCGCCGUGCACGUGCGAAGUUACAGCUUGGUGGAUGGGGAAACCUACAAGGUGCUGAAGAGGACUACAAACUGCUUGCUGGUAUGGAUAAUCUUCCACCAGAAGAUAAGCGCGUUGUUCAGAAGUCUCUUCUUGAGCUUCCUGUAAAGAUUAACAAGGCGCGCGAGACUGAAAUGGCGGAAAUGAUGGGCAAGCUCAAAGAUCUAGGAAAUGGUAUUCUCAAGCCAUUUGGGUUGUCCACCGAUAACUUCAAAUUCACCCAAGAUCCCAAUACUGGGGGGUAUAGUAUGAAUUUCCAAUCCUGA